CGUAAUGGCGGACGCGGGCCGGGAGAGCGCGGCUGGGGGCGUAGUGUGUUGAGGGGGGUCUGGCUGUGUGGCAGGUCGCAAGACGGCCCGCGGGAGCAGACCCCUUGCGGAGACGAGGUGGUCGGCCGGCCCUUCUGUCGCUGAGGGCGCCCGCGCGAGGCCAGGUUGUUUUUCAUCAUUCAGAACAUUGCCUGAAGCAGGUCCACCAUGCCGUUAGUAACGAGGAACAUCGAGCCAAGGCACCUGUGCCGUCAGACGUUGCCUAGCGUUAGAAGCGAGCUGGAAUGCAUGACCAACAUCACCCUGGCAAAUGUCAUCCGACAGCUGGGCAGCCUGAGUAAAUAUGCAGAGGACAUUUUUGGAGAGCUCUUUACUCAGGCAAAUACCUUUGCCUCUCGGGUAAGCUCCCUUGCUGAGAGGGUCGACCGCCUACAAGUUAAAGUCACUCAGCUGGAUCCCAAGGAAGAAGAAGUGUCACUACAAGGAAUCAACACUCGAAAGGCCUUCAGAAGCUCUACCAUUCAAGACCAGAAGCUUUUUGACAGAAAUUCUCUCCCAGUGCCUGUCUUGGAAACAUAUAACACCUGUGACACUCCUCCACCUCUCAACAAUCUUUCCCCUUACAGGGAUGAUGGGAAAGAGGCACUCAAAUUCUACACAGACCCUUCGUACUUCUUUGAUCUUUGGAAGGAGAAGAUGCUGCAGGACACCAAGGAUAUCAUGAAAGAGAAGAGAAAGCAUAGGAAAGAGAAGAAAGAUAACCCAAAUCGAGGGAAUGUGAACCCACGUAAAAUCAAGACACGUAAAGAAGAGUGGGAGAAAAUGAAGAUGGGACAAGAAUUUGUGGAGUCCAAAGAAAAGCUGGGGCCUUCUGGGUAUCCACCCACCUUGGUGUACCAGAAUGGCAGCAUUGGCUCUGUUGAAAAUGUGGAUGUAGGCAGCUAUCCACCACCACCACCACAGUCAGACUCUACUUCUCCACCUUCUCCUUCCUUCUCUGAGGACAACUUACCUCCCCCACCAGCAGAAUUCAGCUACUCAGCAGAGAACCAAAGAGGGUCUGUCUUGGCUGGACCCAAAAGAUCCAGUAUGGUCAGCCCAAGCCAUCCACCACCAGCUCCUCCUCUGGGCUCUCCACCAGGCCCCAAACCGGGGUUUGCCCCACCACCUGCCCCUCCACCUCCACCUCCGGUGAUUGGUGUCCCACCCCCACCACCACCUUUAGGAUUUGGGACUCCAGGAACCCCACCACCACCUUCACCCCCAUCUUUCCCACCUCACCCCGAUUUUGCUGCCCCUCCGCCUCCUCCCCCACCUCCAGCAGCUGACUAUCCAACUUUGCCACCUCCUCCCUUGUCCCAACCAGCAGGAGGAGCACCUCCCCCUCCCCCACCUCCCCCUCCUCCGGGGCCCCCUCCUCCUCCUUUCAGUGGUGAUGGCCAGACUGCCAUGCCACCACCACCUUCUGAUGCCACCAAACCCAAGUCCUCCUUGCCACCUGUGAGCGAUGCCCGCAGUGACCUGCUUUCAGCUAUCCGUCAAGGCUUUCAGCUGCGCAGGGUUGAGGAGCAGCGGGAGCAAGAAAAGCGGGAUGUCGUGGGGAACGAUGUGGCCACCAUCUUGUCACGUCGCAUUGCUGUCGAGUACAGUGACUCAGAGGAUGACUCCUCUGAGUUUGAUGAGGAUGAAUGGUCAGAUUAACUCUUGCUGCAGCAGCCCACCUCUUUUUUCUUUCCUUCCUACCUGCCUUUUUUGAUGUCUACUCCAGGAGUACUGUGGAAGAAAAAAGGGAGGAAGAGAGAAUUUCAAGGGGCCAAAGCCUUCCCUCAAGCAACCAAAGAUACAUCCAAGCGCUUCCUCCAAAUCAACAUGUAUUUCCCCUCCCCCAUAGCCAGCCCCCUAGGGCUCCUGAGAUUCAGUAGCUGUUUCCUCUUCCCUUCAACUGCCUGUUGCAUACUGAAGGGAAGGCAAAACCCCAAAGCACAUCCCUUUGAUUGGGUUGAAAUUGGAGAUGAUGCCUUCUUGUAGGGGCCAUUUCCAAACUGUGGUCUCCUUCUAGGAUCCUUGCCCUCAGCUGCUUU